AUGCCUCGAUCAAAGCGUGCACGCCGCUUGGCGUUGCACGGCACAACAACGAAGACGCGGCAAGAGAAAGCGAAAAUGAUCGAGCUCGUUCGAUCCUUUCUCCCGCCCAAGCAUACCAAAAUCUAUGUUUUCGAAUACGGUGAUAUUCGAAACCAAUCGCUGAAAGAGUUUCGAGAGGAGGUGAAACGGCUUCCGGAGGGCGGUGGUCGGCUCUUUCUCGGUUCGAAUAGAGUGUUGCAGGUGGCGCUGGGCCGUUCGCCUGAGGAGGCGCUGGCGCCCGAACUGCACCAAUUAGGGGAAAAACUUCGGGGGAAACGCGGGCUUCUGUUCUGUAGUGCACCUCACGUCUUGGUCCAGGAACUUUUCGCGAACUUUGAACGCAGAGAGUAUGCACGUGCCGGUACCAUCGCGCCAGAAGACGUUCGUUUGGCGGUUGGGGAACCACUUGAAGACCUCCCGGCAUCGUCAGGCCCGAAACUACGCGAACUUGGCUUGCCUAUUAGCCUCCGUGGCGGCCGUCUCUUCUUGGAUGUGAUCGCUGGACCGGAUAAGCACUUUCUGAUUUGCUCGAAAGGAGAGAUUCUCAGCGCCGAGCAAUGUGUUCUCCUGAGAAUGCUCGGCAUUCGAUUGGCGACGGCUCGCCUUCAUCUCCGUUACCGUUGGGAUGCAGAGCAUUGCAAAGUGGAAGAGCUUGGCGACCAGGAGUAG